AUGCAGCUCCUAGCAUUAUACGCUCUGUCCUGCAUUCCGCUGGCACAUGGGUGGAAUUUCCUCUCCACAAACUCCUCCGACAAAGCCGUAAUUAAGGGGGGAACCGGGAACCAAACAUGCACGAAAGUCAGCCAGACGAAAGGGAAAAAGUGGUCGUGGGAUCCUGAGGGCGAGAAGCUCUGUAUCUCGAUAUACUACGACAACAAGUGCGACACCAAGGGGGGAUACUUCUGUGCUGCCGCGCAGAAAGAUGCCGGUAACGACUUUGAAAGCUUCGAGGUCCUUCCAGACCGAGAUGGCGCCAACUCUCUAGGAACUGUGACUGUCACACCAACACCCUCCGCUACCUCUACUUCCUCCUCCACCUCCUCUGCCACAACUACCCCGACCUCUACGUCCACCGACACCGCCAGCAACGGCCAGUCCUCAUCCGGGUCCUCGCUCUCUGGGGGCGCGAUUGCAGGGAUCGUGAUUGGCGUCGUAGCCGGUGUGUCUCUCAUCGCCGCCGCUUUCUUCUUCGUCGGCCGUCGUCACCGCAAGAACGCUGCCGCUGCUGCUGUCGCCGCACAUCACGCUGGUUACGCAAACCAGGGCCCGCCUCUUGCCGGCUCAUAUGGUCCCUCGUCUAGUGGUUUCACCGAAAAGCCGCCCAACUCAUCCAGUGGUUCCCCAUACCAACCUGUUCCCGGGGAUCGCUUGGCCGAGCUGAAUGCAGAACGUCGGACUGCCGAGCUGGCCUAUAGUCCAGUCAGCGAACUCGAUGCUACCGCCAGAGGGCCUACAAGCCGGUCCUAA